AUGCCUGCCGAUCAAAGCCAUCCUUUUGCCACAUUUCCUGCAACAACAGGUAAGAAUGGCAAUGGCCUUCGACCCUAUUACACGCCCGGACUUGUAACCAAUGGCAACUACACUGUCAUGCCCGAUGGUAAUCCACCUUUGACAACACCUUAUUAUGAUGAUAUGGACGACUUGAUUGAUUCCAAAGUGGCUGCUCGCGAACUGGUGAAUUUCAUUGUACUUAAAUACCUGACAACAGCUAUCAGUAGUCCAUUUGAAGUGUCCAAGACAUUAUUACAAGUACAAUAUAUGCCUCGUGAAGAAGCUGAAGUGACUUCUAUAACUCAAACAUCAGUGGAGUCAGAAGACGAAGCUGAGCACCAUGAGCUUUCGUCCGAAGAAGAAGAAGAAGAAGAAGAGGAUUUUUAUAACGAACAUGCUCAUAGAAGACGACGUUAUAGUGCUGAUCCUUUAAAUACUGGCACAUUGGAUGUAGACGACCCCGUAUUUAAGAAAAAAGUUACUGUGGAUGCCAGUGGGUAUGUUGUUCGCUCCAGCGUCUAUGAUGAUGCCACUCGUCCACCACAUCAAAUCAAGCCUAUUGAAGGUGGUGUCUGGCAAGGCAUUGGCAAACUAAUGAAGCAACCCCAUGAAGGCUGGCGUUCUUUGUUUAAAGGACAAUAUACAAACUGGCUCUAUGAAAUCUCCCAUUUGUUUCUUCAGCCUACACUUGAAGGAUCUUUGAAUGACAUGUUUGAUCUCUAUGAUGAUACCAUUCCUCUUGUUCAUCUGGACCAUGUUGGGCCCAAUUUGGCUACUUUAAUCGCCAGUAAUCUGAUUGUAGGCUUCAUUUUAAGCCCCUUAGAACUUAUCCGAACUAGAAUGCAAGUACAAUCCGCUUCACCUUUACAACGCAAAUACAAAGGACCUUUCCAUGCUCUCAAAACGAUUAUUCAAGAAGAAGGAGGUAUUCAAGGCUUGUACUUUUCUCAUAAUACGUUGCCAACCAUCUUGUUUCAUACCAUCACACCUUUAUUACAAAACACGACACCUUUAAUCAUUGACCGCGUACUCAAUAUCUCAGCAAACGAAUCACCCUUUUUGUAUAGUCUAGCUGAAUUAGGCUUAAAUACGCUAGAGAUCUUGAUUACCUUGCCUUUAGAUACAAUCCGUAAACGUCUUCAAUGUCAAAUCAGAACAAGAACACCGGGAAAGAAGCGAUUUGAACCUGUGGUUGCCACAAGGCCCGUACCCUACACUGGUAUCGCCAAUGCUGCUUAUUGUAUUAUCAAAGAAGAAGGUGAAAAGACUAAAAAGAAGGUAUCACUUCAAAAGAAGAACAUAUUAACAGACUGGAGUCUAAGAGGCUUGUAUCAUGGCUUUAAUAUGCAAUGUACAUCUAAUAUUGUAUUGUUCUUUUUGCAUGCUAUCAAUGGCAUUGAAGACGACUAUUAUGAAGACUUUUAA